GCCCGUGGCUAUGGUACUUGGUGCUGGCGACAAGGCCGCCGCCGUCCCCGCGGACGGCAGGACCUCCAUGCUCAGCGGGGCACGCUGCGCGCUCGGCGAGCUGGCCACGGCGCCGGUGGCGCAGUGCUCGGCGUUCCACCACCUGCUGGACCGCUUGGUCGACUCCCCCGAGGCCUGCUUCGCCGACCCGCUGGCGGCCUUCAAGGCUGCCGCCGCCGGCGCAGCGGCCUGA